UGGUUCGCUGGAAGGAGACACAGUGGGAGUCAAGUGUAGGAGAGGGAGCAUGCACGCUCGCUAACCCGCAUGGCUGCAGCCCGCUUGUACCUCCACCUCCUCCAUGUGCCCCGCGGCGGCUGGCGAGAGCUGAGCCGCUCCCUUUGUGUCGGAGCGCUGGAGUCCUGGUCCCGGUCCUCGUCCGCUACCGCUACCGCUACAGACCGACGCCGCCACACCGAGUCACCCAUGGGCACUGAGGCCGAGCUAACCAGGUCCAGGUCCAGCCCCGAUGCCGACAGACCGAAACUCACCAGGAUAUCAGUGGAAGGAAACAUCGCGGUUGGGAAGUCCACCUUUGCUGAUCUGUUGCAGAGGAUGGAUGGCAAUCAGUGGGAGGUGGUUCCAGAGCCCAUUGCCGAAUGGUGCAAUAUCCCAACUACCAGCGGCAACCAGGUAGAGGCCACACAGAAGAGUGUGGGCAAUCUGCUGCAGAUGCUGUACGAGGAUGCUCACCGCUGGUCCUACACCUUCCAGACUCACUCCUGUAUGAGCCGCAUCAAAGCCCAGCUGGCCCCGCUCUCACCCAAGCUCCUGAGGGCUGAAGACCCCGUGCAGAUAUUCGAGCGAUCUGUCUACAGUGACAGGUACAUAUUUGCUUCCAGCCUUUAUGAUUUAGGUUGCUUGAAUGCCACCGAAUGGGCCAUCUAUCAGGACUGGCACACGUUUCUGCUCAAUCAGUUUGGUGCUCGGAUUGCUCUGGAAGGAAUCAUCUAUCUUCAAGCCUCCCCAGAGAAAUGUUUGGAGCGACUUCAACAAAGGGGGAGAGAUGAAGAGAAGGAUGUUCAGCUGGAUUAUCUGGAGAAGCUGCACUCGCAGCAUGAGAACUGGCUUGUGAAGAAAUCCACCGAACUUCACUUUGAGCAUCUGAAGACCAUUCCAGUGUUGGUGUUGAAUAUGAAUGAGGAGUUUGAGAAAGAUAAAACACGGCAGGAACUUCUCCUGAAACAGGUGAAGAACUUUGUGAACACAUUGAAGCUGGAGAAGUGAGGGCCAGUGGGCGUACUUUGCAGCCACGUGGUUUGGGCCAGGAGAAGCUGUAGUCAGUAGUGUUAGUGUAGGGCAGGACAGAAGUGCCUGGGUCUGGCAUUGGGCUGUGCAGGAUGUCCCCUCUGGCAACUCACCAAUAGCACUUUUCACAGAACAUGCUACCAAUAUGUUUGACGUUCGAAGAAGGGUCUCGACCCGACAUGUCGCCCAUUCCUUCUCCCCAGAGAUGCUGCCUGUCCCGCUGGGUCACUCCAGUGUUUAGUGUCCAUCUACCAAUAUUGAUAUAUUGAAUAGUACCAAUUCCACGAUGGUUCACACCCCGUUCUAGCUCGCUGUUAUCUCCCAUCACCUCUCCUGUAGAUGUUAUUCUCUACAUUUGGGUCAAUGGCUUUAAUAACCAUCUGAUGGCCUGUUUUUGCCCUGGUGAGUGGUAAGGAAUUAAGCAUUGGGGGGGGGGGGGGGCUCUUCCUCCAUCCCAUCAAUGUCUCAACUGACAGUGGCCUGAACACCACUGAUGAAUAGAAAUCCAUAUAUGAAUAAACUACUUGUAGCUCA